AUGGUACUAUUAGUGUCAGAAGAUGACUCAAGAGAAAGUGAUGCUGAGUGCGUUUUGAGUCCAGCCCAGGUUCGCGUGAAUGGUCUCCACCCCAUACGCGUCUUCCAGCUCCUGCAUUUCAGCGUGCAUCCCUUUGCAUUUCGAGCCAGCCCAGCACUUGGCGUGAGUGGGUUUGCCCGUGUGAGCUGCUCGAUCCAGCCCAGGUUCUUCCAGGAUGCGGAUUCUUGCCAUCACACUGCACAGCAUCGAAGCCACGCAGCGUUGCACGUCUCCCUGGUCUGCGUUUUGCGUCCUGAAGGUGCUGCAGCAAGUUGGGGUGGAGACCAUUCACGCAAACCUAGGCUGGACUCAAAACGCACGGGCAAAUAUGUUGGUACCUUGAUCACUAGUCUUUUCAGCUUGAUUUCCGAAGCCCUUGGGUUGGAGAAAGAUUUCUCGCAAAAAAGACUGGGGGACCCGCCAGAACUAAGAACACAAGCUAAUUAUUAUCCACCAUGUCCGAACCCUGAUCUGACAUUGGGUCUGGCUAUUCACACUGAUCUCCCAGCGCUCACGGUGCUCCAACAAUCAGCAGAAGUGACUGGCCUCCAAGUCUUAAAAGAUGGGGAAUGGGUAGCAGUUGACCCCAUUCCAAAUGCAUUUGUCAUCAAUCUGGGUGAUCAGAUGCAGUUUGGACUUUGGGGUAUAUCGAUAUUCAAUUAUGGUUAA